AAGAAAACGAAUAAGAAAAAGAGAGAGAAAGAAGCCCUAGAAGGCUUGAAAAAGAAUUAGCGAAGCAGUUUCUCACUUCCCAAAAAUCUCACCCUUCAAAUUUUUUUUUUUUUUUUUAGGAUAAAACAUUUGCUGAUAUUGAAUUUUAAUUUAGCGUAUUUGGUUUUGUAUUUUUUGAUUUUGGUUUAGACAUUAUAUAUGUUUCGGUGUUUUCAGGAAAAGGAAAGGAGUACAAAGAGUAAAUUGAAGAGAGUGCAUUCGUUGUUGUUAUGUUCGGGACUUUAAUCUUCGAUGCCUCUCUGUUUCUUCUUCUCUAGUGUGCUCGCUUUUCUCUUCUCAAAUUAGGGUUUCCAUAAGCAAUAGCGUCGAGCCUCUUUCUCGAUUUCCCCCAAAUUAUCAUCAUUCUGAGUUAAGGAAGGUGAUUGGUGAUUUGUAUUUGGAUAUAAUGUCAUCAAGAUAUCCAAUUCUUGACAAUCGGCCCAUUCAUCAGUGGAAGGUUACUGAGCUCAAAGAGGAGCUGAAGAGAAGGAAGUUAACUACGAAAGGUUUGAAGGAUGAUUUAGUCAAGCGUUUGGAUGAAGCCCUUCGUGUUGAAAGGGAGGCUGCUGAGGCUUCUCAGAAGGAUGAGGCCAAUGGAUUCGAUGGUCAUGUAGCUGAGGUAAAGGAUUCGCAGGAAGUUGCUGUGGAUGCUGAAGAAGUUAAUAUAAUUGAAAGUGAAAGUGUCAAAACAAUUGAAACUGCUGAAAAAGGGAACAGCGAUGUAGUUGAACCGAUUGAAACGGAAAACACAGAAAAGAUUCCGGAGGUUGUGGAUAAUGACAGCAAUAAGAAUGACAAGCAGGAUGAUGCUACCAAAACAUUUGAAACUGCUGAAAAAGGGAACAGUGAUGUAGUUGAACCGAUUGAAAUGGAAAACACAGAAAAGAUUCCGGAGGUUGUGGAUAAUGACAGCAAUAAGAAUGACAAGCAGGAUGAUGCUACCAAAACAUUUGAAACUGCUGAAAAAGGGAACAGCGAUGUAGUUCAACCGAUUGAAACGGAAAGCUCAGAAAAGAUUCUGGAGGUUGUGGAUAAUGACAGCAAUAAGAAUGACAAGCAGGAUGAUGCUACCAAAACAUUUGAAACUGCUGAAAAGGGGAAUAGGGAUGUAGUUGAACCAACUGAAAUGGAAAACCCGGAAAAGAUUCCGGAGGUUGUGGAUAGUGACAGCAAUAAGAAUGACAAGCAGGAUGAUGUUACCAUCCCAGUUGACAUCAAUAAUAGUGUGUCAGCCAUGGAUGAAGAGUUUGAGCAUACGGGCUUGCCAGCUGGUGUAGAUUCAUCUAAUGUGGGUGAAGAGCUAACUACUCAUGCUUCUGCUGUGGAGACCACCAUUACAGUCACUGAGAGUGUGUUAACAGAAGCAGUAGACAGUGGUCAGUAUUCUUAUAGUGCAGAAAAGAAUAAUGAUGAUUCAACAACCAAGCUGGAGAAUGAGGAGUUAAAGGUGCAGCUGGAUAAUGAGGACUCGAAGCCCCAAAUGGAGUGUGACACAAAGCCCCUGUCCGAGGAUCUCGUGCCCAACUCUUCUGUUCCAGAAAACCAGGUAUCUGAGGUCAACCCUAGUUUAGGGUCUCAAGUAAAAUCUGAUUCUAUUUCUACUGAUUCUGUGUCAAUUAAUCAAAAGAAUGAACUAAAGGAUACUAUAAUUACUGAUAAUGUCAAAUUAGAACAAGAUAUUGUUAGGCCGGAGAUGGUGGAAGAACCAUCAUCCAGAAAUGAUGUACCCGUUUAUGAUGAAUCACAUUCAAUGGAUGGUGGAGGACUGCAUGAGAAAAAGGCAUCUGUUGAAGAAAAUAACAAUAAUAUUACAAGUCCAGACUUGAACAAAACCAAUAGCAGUGAUGAUGUGGGGUAUCCAGAAAAGUUGAACUUGGACCGAAGUUCUGGUGAUGAUUCCAUGGAAGAGGAUUUGCCUGAGACUAAGCAAUUUGAUUCUAAGUUUAAUGUUGAUGAACUUAGAGACAAAGUGGAGAGUAUUGAAGUGCCGAUUGUGAAAGAGGAAAACAUUACUAUAGUUGUGGGAGAUGGUCUAUCUGCAGGAAAAGGUGAUACCCACCAAGAUAUUGACAUUAGUCCUGUUGCUUUGGCUGAGAAACGAAAAUUUCAUGAACAAGCAUCAGUUGGGAACAGUGAGCCUACAAAAAGGCAACGCAGGUGGAACACUGAAACAGUUAAAGGACCAGAUCCGCAGAGCACCACUCCCAGACCUGCUACCACACCCAAGGAUGAGCCAGUUGCUCUGAAACGCAACUUCGCCAGGUCUGAUUCCUCUGCCACUGAUGAUGCACCUAAAGAACGCAGUGUUCCACCAUCACAAAGGUCCCCAACUAAUUCCCUCAGGAUUGACCGUUUCCUCCGGCCAUUUACCCUGAAGGCAGUUCAAGAACUUCUUGGUAAGAAUGGGAAUGUUAGCAGUUUCUGGAUGGACCAAAUAAAGACCCAUUGCUAUGUCACUUACUCGUCCAUUGAAGAAGCCAUUGAGACACGAAAUGCUGUGUAUAAUUUGCAAUGGCCUCCAAAUGGUGGUCGCCUCUUAGUUGCUGAGUAUGUUGAUCCUGAAGAAGUGAAAAUGAAGUUAGAAGCUCCUCCUACUCAGGUUGCCUCUGUCAACAUUGUUCCAACAGUUCCUCCAGCACCACCUUCCUCAAAGCCAGAACCGUCCCCCCGUCAGCACAGGGAGCAACAUACAGUUCCAGUUACUCUCCCGCCUCCACCACCAUUGUCAAAGCCCCCACCAGUGGCAAGAGAACGGCUUCCAUCCCCACCACCCCUUCCUGAGAAAGUUGACCCACCCAUUGUCACUCUCGAUGAUCUCUUCCGCAAAACCACAGCAACUCCUCGGAUCUACUAUUUACCUUUGUCUGAAGAGCAAGUUGCCGCAAAACUUGCAGCACAGGGUAAAAGCACGAGGCAGUAGGCUAUUAGCCUACAAUUCAUCCUUGGCAGCUUUAACGGUUUUUUUUUUUUUUUUGGCUACCGUGUUAGUUAGUGGUAUGGAAGUAUUGUGAAUGCAUUUUGCGAUGUCUGCUGGGGUUCGCCUCAGGAAGAAUUUGUCAUUGCCAAUGCAUCUUGAGACUUUAUUUGUUUAGUUUUAGAACGUCAUAAACUAAGAUCUACUUGGGUGGAUAGAUUUUCACCGCUGUUUGAAUUAAUUUAAAGUGAACCAUUGUCAAAACAUCUUGAACUUCGACGAAAGAAAUUGACGUUAGAUAAUGUUUUUCUCC